AUGUCUUUCGGUGAAAGUGCCUCGGUAUCAGAUUGGGACCCCACUCGAUUUCAGAGAGGCGGGGACUUGUCACCUACUGCGCUGAUUCGUAUUAAAAUGGAUUUGAAAAAAUUCUACCUUGAUCCCCCACAAGGUAUUUGUGUUGCCCCAUCUGGAGAUGAUCUUGGAAGAAUAUUUGCUUUAAUUAGCGGUCCCCCUGACACGCCCUAUGAGGGCGGCUUUUUUCUUUUUCUGAUUGCUUUUCCAAACGAUUACCCUCUAAGCCCACCUCGGGUGAAGAUUUUGAACACGGAUGGUGGGACAGUAAGAUUCGGCCCGAAUCUCUAUGCAAACGGGAAGGUUUGCCUUAGCAUUAUUGGCACUUGGAGCGGUCCUCAAUGGACGCCAACACAAAAUCUAUCCACUGUUCUGGUCUCCAUUCAAUCCCUAAUGAACUCCGAACCCUACUACAAUGAACCGGGAUUCGAGAAUCGGCGCGAACCCAAAGCGUCUGCCACAUACAAUGAAAUUAUCAAGCAUGAGACCCUUCGUUGUGCCGUGUGCGAUGUAUUGGAGCGCAGAAUUGCCUUCCCUGAUGAUAUAUUUGAAAUUGUCAAGCACAAUUUUGUAGAGCAGUACGAAGAUUACGUACAGAUAUGUAAAAUGAAUUCCGCUAAAAAUGGAUUGCGAAUGAAUGAUCCAUUCGGAGGUUGCAGAGGCCUUUUUGGAUUCACUGCCAUUCUCAACCGACUCCAGACGCUAAAAUCGAAAUUACUCGAUAAGUCAGACAACCAUUAG